CCACCACCCAUCUAUUUUUGUCAAUCGUACAAUUCUGCCUAUCCAACUAUACUUUCUUACUCGUAAUACAACAACCAAACAUCCGCUCACGAUACAUAAGAACGCCAUGUCCGUCUCACCCACUCCGGUUCCUCUGCUCCCGCAUCACGACUCAGUACCUUAAAUCCUCUCCGCAUCAAUUGAACCCCUCAAUCAAGUCACAAUGUUGUUCGAAGACUACGACGACGAGAAAUUCUACUCCGUCCCCUCACCAUCCUACACACCUUCGCAUUCAAAACACUCCUCCUAUUCCUCAACCAAUACCUCGACCCUAUCCCUCGCUCUCUCGUCCUAUCCAGAGAAGUACGACGAAUCGGAUCCCCCGCCAUACACAUACGUUUUCUAUAACACGAUUGAUGAUAAACCAUUACCUCCUCUGCCCACCUCAGGGAAAAGGGAGCGCAAAGUUCGGUUCGUGGCGGAGAAACCGCUGCCGCCAUUGCCUCAGGGCAGCGAUGCGGAGGCACAAUUGAGGAGGAGGCCGAAGAAGCAAGGGAGUGGAGAGGGGGAGUAUGCUUGGUGGGCGAAGCGGUGGAGUAUGAGUGAUGAGGAGUAUGAGAAAGUCGCGAGGGAGAAGGAGAUUGGUCAUGGGAGUGGGUUUGCUGGGAAAUUUAAGGAGGAGUUUUGAAUUGCGCUUUUGGGACAUUGGCGUACUAGAAAAUGGGGAUACUAGGAGGGAAAAGGCUUCAUGGCUAUGGCGUUAUGGUGUUGCGAUUUAGAGCUUCAGUAUAGAAGGAUUGGGAUACCCACGAUAUAUAUGUCUUACGUACACGACCGAUAUGAGAAAUGAAGCCGUAAAGGCAUACAUACGAACACGUCCUUAGUUCAGAGUACAGUCCACGAUUUAGAGUUUCGAGUCACUAGCUACUCUCUUGCUGCAUAAGCCCAAAGAUCAGUACAGCUGCCCCAAGUUAUCAGCGAGACACAAAUGCUCAGGAGCAGUGAUUCGAGACCACUCUUGCACGUUCGGUUGGAGCCAUUUCUCUGGAAAUGGGUGUGAUGAUGAGGAGAAACUUGAAUAAUGUGGAGAGUUUUGAUAGGAAAGUUGGAAGCUAAAUGGUAUAAGUGGGUGAAUCGGAGAAGGCAACGUGAAUUUUUGUUUAUAGAAACAACAUGUGUGAGUAGAA